CCAAGAUGACAGACUAGUAAAGUAAGGUUAACAUAACCAACUUGAAAACGAAGAUGGAAAAGGAAUUUGGGUUUAAAAAUAGGCGAAGGUGAUAUUAUUUUCAUGAUGAUUACAUAUCAACGCUAAAUCUGCAAAUGCUUAUUAGCACAAUCCUUCGUCGACACAUUGAAACAGAUGUACAAAUGGGCAUAUCGAUCUUCCCCCUGCACAAGCAUAAACAGUAUUUAUCGGAAUGCUGCAAACUGAUCAACGACGAGUGGAAACGUAGCGAAACGGCCCGCUUGCACAGCCUGGAGAGCUCCUGCGAUAGCCUGCCUACCUCGUUGGUGCUUGUCGAAGACGGACGAGUCAUCGGGCAUCUCAAACUGACUCCAAUCCCUUCCAUCAAAGACGCCUGUUUCGUAGAGUCUGUUGUCAUCGCCAGACACCUCCGAGGCCAAGGGUACGGACGCAUCCUUAUGAGAGGGGCGGAGGAUCAUUGCAGGACAGCGUUGCAGUUACGGACUGUUUAUUUGUCGACUAAGGGACAAGAGGGAUUCUACGCUAAAUUGGGUUAUGUAUUGUGUAAGCCUGUAUCGAUCUAUGGGUGUUUUGUACCUGAGACUAAAAAAGAGGAACCGAAACGGGUGGUUGUUCAGAGCUUAAAUGUUGAUGCGCCUGUUCCACCACCAUUGCCUCAUUGUGAGAGAUUAGUCAGUAGGAAAGUUUUUAUGAAGAAAGAAUUGAUUAGUAGGUAAUAUAUUUUUGAAAUCAGCGCUUGUUUUUUUUUAGGAAUGAAUCAAAUAUAGCUGUUUUCAAGAGAAAAAUAAAACAUUUUUUGCUAGGCAAAUGUUUCUAUACCUUGGAGGAGUUUGUUCACGGUUUAUACUUUUUUAAUUUGUCACUACUGUUUUUGAUUACCUUUUCAUGUGUUACAGAAUUUUCUGUUCUACUCAACAAUAAAAUAAAUUAUUAUUAUUUGUAAUUUUUAGUGUGUAAUUUCAGUCGAAAAUCAGAGUCAGUUUAGUUUCUGUUUCAACAGAAACUCCGCAAAAACUGCAACCAAAUCCUAAAUACGUUCGUAUGAUUUCUC